UUAUUUGUGUGUAGCAGAGAACUUUACGAGCUGUCCCUGAAGGCAGCAUUGCCUAGCAACAACGUAGUUAGCUAACUUCUUCCUCAGAGGAGAUUUUUCAGUAAACUUCGAAAAUGUCCUGAAUGAAGGAUUAAAAAAGCAGAGAUAAAUAUCAAUGAGCCAAUAAAUAUACGGGGGAAAGAUAAAUACAUAACUAUGGCGGAUAAAAUCGGUUCUGAUAACAAAGAAAAGUCGGUAUAUUUGGUACAAAUUUGGUAUCUUGAUGAGCAGUUGGAGAGAUGUCAGCUUAAAUCUGACGAGCUGGAGAAACAGAACAAAGACCUCUCCUCUGAGUACAGCGCGCUGCAGAAGGAUAAGAAAGAUGUCACUGAGCAACUGAAACGUGCCGUGGCUGCAAAAGAGAAGAAGGUGGAGGAGUUGGCGGAGCGGCUGGAGAGUCAGCAGAUGGCUGCUGAACAAAGCAGAAAAGUCCUGGAGCUGCAACACAGGCAGGCGAUGAAGGCGCUACAGGAGCAGUCUGACAAACUGAACUCGGACACCACGAUGCAGGUGACAAAGGUGAAGCAGCAGAAGCAGAAGCUGAUGCAGCUGAUGCAGCAGUUGUCUAAUACAAAGUCUCUGGAGAAGCAGCUGGUCAGUCAGAGGGAAGAGCAGGAAGCUGCCAUCCACAACCUGAAGAUGGGAGUAGUGUUGGAGAGAGAAAUGAUGGAUGAUAAUAUACAGAACACUGUGGACGACUGCGUUCAGAGGGAGCUAUCGGACAUUCUUCGGGUGGAGAGAGCUCAGCACGGCGAGAGGUUGGAGUGGAUUCAGUUCCUGCAGGAUGAGAAGGCGCCACUGCAGAGGGAGAGGGACGCCCUGCAAGACAGAGAGAGAGAGCUUUACGUCAGGAAGGACAACAUGAAGGAAGAUCUCAAAAGGAUUGUCAAGGAGAACCUCAUGCACAAGAAGGAAGUGGAGCAGCUGAGGAAGACGUGGCAGCAGCUGAUGGAGGAGCAUGAGGACUGCAGCUACACCCACAGCUACAUAUUGGCUCAGAUAGAGGAGCUCAGAGAGCAAACAGCCUUCGUGUCCGACAUGUGCUGUCAAAAAACAGAUGAGGCGGAUCAGCUGUGGACCGAGCUACAACAGGAGAGCAGCAGGAGUCAGCAGCUGGAGGGCGUCAAGCAGGAAGCAGCCAUCAUCCUCAGACACAUCAUGAUGGACUCAGUGAAACCAUCCGACACUCAGUGGAAGAUGCAGAGGCUGCUGCAGAUCCUGGAGAGCACCGCCCCCCCAGGGAGCAGCUGACGCCGCUGAGAGGAGCAGUCGAGGACGGAGACCUCAGACCUCCGGCCACAAACCAGCCAGGAGACUCAGCCCUGUCGACCCGGCUCCUCAGCAGAUUGAUUCAGAGGCCGGAGCCGCUGAACCAGCCAGCAGUAAGAAACCACCACCUCAUUUCAAAAUAAAGGUUUUACUCACUUUA